GUACCUGAUCCCGUCUCUGGACCGCUCCCAUGCUGGUUUCUACAGAUGCAUCGUCAGGAACAGAGUAGGAGCCAUCAUGCAGAGCAGCACUGAAGUACAAGUCGCCUAUAUGGGUGAUUUUGUGGAGGGGGAGCGUUCCCAGACUGUGUCCCAGGGAGAGGCUGCUCUGAUCCAGGCUCCACGCAUCCACAGCUUCCCACGACCACAGAUUACCUGGUUCAGGGACGGACGCAAGAUACCCGCCAGCAGCCGCAUAGCCAUCACCCUGGACAACACUCUGGUCAUCCUGUCCAGUGUGGCCCCUGAUGCUGGACGGUACUACACCCAGGCUGUCAACGACAAGAACGGAGAGAACAAAACCAGCCAUCCUAUCCUACUGACUGUGGAGAACGUGGGGGGGCCUGUGGACCCCAUCACCCCCACCAUCAUCAUCCCUCCUAAGAACACCAGUGUGAACGCAGGGAGGAAUGAUGUCAUUAUGGAGUGUGUGGCCAAUGCUAG